AUUACCUAACGCUUCUGGCCAUUAGAUCAAUAAAACUAGAAGGAUUGAUAGCCUUUCCACAGGAGACAACUCAUUCAUAAAGGCAAUGGAAACAAAUAUUGUGAUUGUUGGUGCUGGAAUUGCUGGCCUUGCUACAUCCUUAGGACUUCACAGGUUGGGUAUCCCAAGUUUGGUAUUAGAAUCUGCAGAUACUUUGAGAGGCACUGGAUUUGCAUUCUCGCAAUGGAAAAAUGCUUGGAUGGCCUUGGAUACUCUUGGUGUUGGAGACAUCCUUCGCCACCAACAUGACCAGCUUUGUGGGAGUGUGACUACUUCUUUGAUUACGGGGCAGCAAACAUCAAGUACGUCUUUCAUGGAUAAAGGAAAGAAUGGAGUUGGUGAAGUUCGUUGUGUAAGAAGGCGGUUAAUGUUGGAAGCCCUUGCCAAUGAGCUUCCAAGUGGCACCAUCAGGUUCUUGUCAAAGGUGGUUUCUAUUGAGGAAUCUGGCUUCUCUAAGAUACUCCAUCUUGCUGAUGGUACAACCAUCAAAACCAAGGUAUUGAUUGGGUGUGAUGGAGUACACUCCCGGGUGGCAAAGUGGCUAGGCUUCAAGGAGCCCUCUCCUACAGGGAGAUGUGCAAUCAGGGGUAGCGCAGAGUUGAAUAUCAACCACCGGCUUGAGCCCAAUUUGAGGCAGUUCUUUGGCAAAGGUUUGCGAUUUGGUUCUAUGCCUUGUGAUGAGAAGACCCUUUUCUGGUUUUUCACUUGGACUCCCACCAACCAAGAUAAAGAGCUAGGAGAGGACCCUGCUAAACUGAAACAAUUUGUGUUAAACAAGCUUGAGAAGAUGCAAAGUGAUGAUAGGUCCUUCGUAGAAAAAACUGAAUUAGAUAGUUUCCUAUUAGCUCCAUUGAGAUAUAGACAUCCCUGGGAGAUCAUGUUUGGAAAUAUUAGUAAAGGCAAUGUUUGUGUUGCUGGAGAUGCUUUUCACCCCAUGACUCCUGAUCUUGGCCAGGGUGGAUGUAGUGCUUUGGAAGAUGGGGUUGUUUUAGCCAGGUGCCUGGCUGAGGCCUUCUCCAAAAAGCCAGCGAAACAUAUGAAAGAGAAGGAAGAAGAAGAAAAAGAAGAGGACCAAUACAAGAGGAUUGAGGAAGCCUUGAAGAAAUAUGCAAAGGAAAGAAGGUGGAGAGGCAUUGAUCUUAUUACUACUGCCUAUAUUAUAGGUACUCUUCAGCAGAGUGAUUCAAAAUUUGUUACCUUUUUGAGGGACAAAGUUUUCGCUGCAUUCCUAGCUGGUAUGCUGUUGAAGAAGUCAGAUUUUGAUUGUGGAAAACUAAAUAGCUCUUAAAGAGUAAUUAUCUUGUAAAAUGCUUAGUCCUUUAUUGUUGCAUUUCAUCUUGCCUUGUCAAAGCUUGAAUAAGAAUAAAGUUUGUUUGAU